ACCCCUUCAGUGUUAAAUUGUUAUUGUGACCGAUUCAAAGGUCAUUCUAACUUUACAAUAAUUACUGUCUAAUGUGCUACGUUACAAUGAAUUACAAUAACAAAUUGACUAUCACGUUGGAUGUGGUUAAACGUAAACCAGUAGUGAAGCGCUGCAUGCCUAUAUUACAAAUCCUCAGCGACGCACUACCGUAUUGAAACAUGAAAAUGGAAGUUCGUCGGAAAAGUCGAGGCUUUUUCAAAAUGGACCCCGUCGUGGAUACGGGAAGCACGUUCAAAGGGAAAAGGGACAAAAAUUGCAAUUUAAAAACUGAAAUAACACCGCCGGGCGUUAGUGGGAUCUUCCGACAGAAAUCUUUUGGAACUUGCGACCGUCAAUUGUCAACAUUGUCGUCGUAUGUGAGAGCUGCAUGUUCCUUGAACAACAAAGCCGGUAACAUCGGAAAUUUAUUCACACGCAAAAUGGCGGCCAGUGCAAAUACAUCAUGUCCGUGGCCCAAUAGUCAAGAUGACUAUGAAUUACGAGACGUCAUUGGUGUUGGUGCAACAGCAGUUGUAUAUUCAGCCUAUUGCAAGCCGAGGAAUGAAAAAUGUGCUAUUAAGAGGAUUAACUUAGAAAAAUGGAAUACAUCCAUGGAUGAGCUCCUCAAGGAGAUUCAAGCCAUGUCCAGCUGCAACCAUCUUAAUGUGGUCACAUAUUACACUAGUUUUGUGGUCAAUGAUGAGCUGUGGCUGGUGCUGAAGCUGUUGGAAGGUGGAAGUCUCCUUGAUGUCAUAAAGCAUAAAAUGCGAGUAUCCAAUUGCAAGCAUGGCGUCUUCGAUGAGUCUACGAUUGCCACUGUUCUGAAGGAGGUUCUGAAGGGAUUGGAAUAUUUCCACAGCAAUGGACAAAUACACAGGGAUAUCAAGGCUGGCAACAUUUUGUUAGGUGAAGAUGGGACAGUGCAGAUUGCUGAUUUUGGUGUCUCAGCGUGGCUGGCAACGGGCAGGGAUUUAUCUAGGCAGAAAGUCAGGCACACCUUCGUAGGCACACCAUGCUGGAUGGCACCUGAGGUCAUGGAACAGGACCAUGGCUAUGAUUUUAAGGCAGACAUUUGGUCAUUUGGUAUAACAGCUAUAGAAAUGGCAACUGGCACCGCACCGUAUCAUAAAUACCCACCAAUGAAAGUUUUAAUGUUAACUCUGCAAAAUGACCCACCGAAUUUAGACACAGGUGCAGAUGAAAAGGAGCAGUACAAAAUUUAUGGGAAGACAUUCAGGAAGAUGAUUAUUGAUUGCCUGCAGAAGGACCCGUCAAAGAGGCCAACUGCAACGGAGCUAUUGAAACAUCCUUUCUUCAAAAAAGCCAAAGACAAGAAAUAUCUUACUCAAACACUGGUUGCCAUUGGGCCUAGCAUGGAAACACGUGUUCACAAGGCAAGUAAACGUCAGCCCGGCGCUUCUGGUCGUCUCCAUCGCACUGUUACUGGCGAAUGGGUUUGGAGUGAAGAAGAGGAUGAAGGUGAAACACCAGGCUCGGAUGAGGAAGCCCCAGACAAGCGCCCAAUGAACGAACUGCAGCGAGCCGAUUCCAGCGGCAGUGAAAAUGAUGAGGAAUCUACCUUGCCUAAAGAAGCUUCGCCUCGACCAGUAGCCCCUCCUCCUGUUCAGUCUGAACCCACUGUGAUCAACCUAGUGCUGAGGCUCAGGAACGCAAGAAAAGAGUUGAACGAUAUACGAUUCGAGUUCAUCAACGGGAAGGACACAGCUGAGGGUAUAGCUGCGGAAUUGGUUGGUGCAGGUCUAGUGGAUCCGCUCGACUCCACACCGAUUUCCACCAAUCUCGCCAAGCUUUUGAACAUGCAGAGGCAACCGCAGCCGGUGAAAACUGUCACAUUCCAUCUGAAUUCGACUGGACCGAACGAAGAAUUUGACGACAAAACAUUAAUAGGUUUCGCGCAGAUUUCCCUCGUCGAUUUAGGUUAAAAACGACUUGUAAUCUCAUUCUAGUUGCUAUGUACUUGUAUUUCUUUCUAAAUGGUGCUAGCGAGUUUAGAUACCUAAAGUUCAUUGUAUUAUUAUUAUUUUUUAUUUGCAUUCGGCGCCGUAUAUCGCUGGCCGUUAAGCGCCGGACCAAAGAUCUUUAGUUUUAAACAUUAUUUUAUAUUAUUAAUAAAAUAAAUUACAAGCAUAUCAAGCUGUAACCUCUCUGUAUUUAAAAUUUGUUUCGAGAGGAUUUAAGUUUGAAAUCUUUAGGUUUAUGUUUAAUCUUUAUUUGAAUAAGUUUUGUGGCGAUUUUGUUAAUAGUAUUUAGUUUCGUAUCUGGACGCUGAUUUGGGUUCGUUUAUAAGGAAAAAUUUAGACAAACUCAAAUGUCAGGAGUAGAUCUGACGUUUUAUUGACUUAGUAUUGGUCAUGCUUUAUUAUGAAAAAAUACUGGACGCUAAUACCCGUUUUUUUUUUUUUUUUUUUAAUUAAAACAACGUUCCACGUUCAAAUGUUCAAUCAGUUUAAUCAGUCAGUUAAUUCAGUGUCUGUAUUUUUUCUCUAAAAUGUGAUUACUUGAUUAACAUAUCUACAGAGCGAACUUCUUCGUCAUCUUAAUUAUGCAUAUAACAAAGAGUAUUUAAGACUUAAAAAAAUGUAUUUCCUUAAUAUAUGACAGUGAAAAUAAUUAUUUUUAUUACGUCACGACUGUUAUUCGUUACGAUCCGAUGUUAUUUUUCUAUCAAAUAGAAUUGAUUUUGACAAAGAUUUUGCGUUAUCAUCGAUAUUGAAUUUUAACAGUAGUUUCCCAUUACAUCAAUCAAUGAAUCAAAUAGUAGUAAUAUUUAUAACUAUUGGAACAACAUCGCAUGUGUGUUGCCAGCUUUAAUGUCUUAUGAUAUACAUUCUUCAGCAAACCUUCCACGAAACUGUGCCUUCCAAUAUAAUAUGUAAUACAUUUUUCGAAAAUAUAACAUUGAAAGAUAUAUCCAUUAGAUAAUAUUUCGACAUAGUUUUUGCCAAUCUUGCUAACAUUCCGAUUAAUUUGCAUUUCAAUAUACAAUAUUUUGAUAGACAUUUUGUUUUAGCAUACAUUUUUAAUUUCAUCUGUAUACAAAUUAAAAAGUAACACGAAAUCACUCUCAGAGACUAUUUGCUUAAAAAAAUAUUUUUAUACUUUUAGUUAAAAUUUUAGUAUAAAUUUUGGCCCCAAAAUUUUGACUCGACUGGACUCGAGUAUAUAUUAACAUUUAAUGAAUCGAUUUAUUUAAAAAAUUUAGCUAAAUGAAUAGAGAAUUUCGUUUGCAUUGAAUACGUUUAAUGUUUAACACUUACAUAUUAAAUUUGGCUAAAUGUUAAAUUAUAGAUAACGAUGCUGAUUCCAUUUAUUAUAAUUUAAUGUCACCGUUUCACUUACGUCAUUCAUAUCGUAGUCUUUACAUAAACAUGUUAAGCAACACUCGAUAGUAAUUAAUGUAAGUGAAACGGUUUUUUUUUCUAUCUAUUUGACGCGUUAAUGAUUAUUUCUGUUUGAAUAUUUAAAAUGUUGUGCCAUUUAAGACCAUUUUAAACCCCCGUGCUGUUGAGUGGCUAUUGUUUUUCCUUGUCAGAAUAUUUGCAUUUAGACUAGUUUUUUUUAACAUAUAUAGUUGUUGUGCAUACUUUUCUAACUUAUCCCUGAUGUAGUACGAAAUCAUGUAGCUUGUUAACAUUCUAAUUGGGGAUAUUGGCUAUUCGGUAGCCGUUUCCAGCGUUUAAAGCUAAAGUCAAUGCCCAAUUUCCAUUAAAAAAUAAGCAGCGGUCAUAACUUAUUGAACAAUUGUAAUUUAAAAUAAAAAUAAGGAACCAAAGCCUAUGUAAUUAAAUAAUACAUCUCUGCAUAACAAUACAAUAAGUCUACGCAUGAGAGGAAAAGAUCAAGUCCGAGAAAUAUUUAAAAAUACUCUUAAAUUAUGUUGCCAUUUACAUUGUACCCGACGAUUGAGAGGUUAAAACGUCGUUUUACUGUUAUUCGAUUUUUUUUGUAAUGGCAAUGUUUAAAAAUGUUUAAAAACUAAAUGAUGCCAUUGCCAUAAUCAUUACCAGGGUAAAAAAUACAAAACCGAAUUUCAGAAAAUUAUAAUCAUUUGAGUAGAUUUUUUUUCAUCUUUCUCUCGAAUAACGGAUAAGUAUAUAAGAGUAUUUUUAUUUUAAUACAUAAAGUUAUAAUAGAUUUUUUUUUAAUUUACUUA